AUGAUCUGGACCAUCAACCACCUUCCAUGGACCGCUCUCGAAGCCUAUCCAUACAUCUCCACCUUUCUCUACAUCUUCCACAUGCUCGUGUUCUUGAUCUUCAUUGAAUAUGUCCCCGAAAUUGCCAAUGGAGUUCGCGAUUCUGUUUCUUGCUUCGUUAGGCUGCCUUUUCUUGUGGUUCAUGAUAUCAUCACGAGUUUUGGCAAUAUCUGCGCAUCUCGUGAAGGUCAGGCUAUGGUCAAGCUCUCCCACACUUCUUAUCAUUACGUGUACUCUGCUCUGGUCAAGCUCCACCAUCGUACCGCCAGAGCUCACCGAAAGCUCAUGGGCGCGACCAUCGCUCCACUUGUUGGCUUCGUCAGAUCAACCUACGACAUCAGCAUCGGUAGGAUCCAGACUGCAAAGCUCCUCUUGCGUCAGAUCAUCAUACACGACAUCUACAUGUAUCCCAACACUCUAAGCAUCCUGGCUCUUACCUUGACGCUGCUUCUUUUGCUCAAUGUCUUGAGUGUCGAAACUCAGCUCUGCUUAGUCACUGUUCUCAGACACGGCAGCACCUUUGUUGUUUUCUGCGCCUAUGUGUUGUCAUCCUGGGCUUCUGGAGCGGAGGGAAAUACCAUCGAGUCGAUUACAACGACUGAGCAGGCAUCAUCGCCUCCAGUUUUGCCAGCCAGUGAUGACACUGCCCAAGAAGAGGAUGGACUUCCAGCUCUCGAGGACCUUUUCGCCAUGCAUCUGAUGCGCGAACCAGCACCAACUGUAAAAAGCUUCAUCCCUCAGCUCGAACAACUUCGAGACAGCAUGGCAGUCAGCCUCACGAAUACCAUGAUCUGCUUCGGCGAGUAUGCAAGUACGCACCUCUACACCGAGGCCACAGUCUCAGCUGUAUACGCUGAUGCGGUCUCUCGCCUCUCUAUCUUGGCAGCAGAUACUGUCACUGACGGACUGGACAAAUUCAUAGCUGAGAUCAAAGGCACUGGCGUGGAGUCACCACCGUCGCAUCCAUUGAACUGA